AUGAAGUGCUCCUUUGUUGGAUGUGACUACCCCGACAUCGCGGUAACGGACCCUUGCUCUGUUUGCCAAAGGCCGGUCCAUCAUCUCUGCUCCAACGGCCUAUACGACCCGGACAACAUCGCCGUCCGUGCGUCGUGUGUCACGAAUUGGAGGUCCAAGAAUCUGUCUGCGGGGACUGUUGCUGCGGACGAUCGGCGACAUACCUUUGAGAUUGUGGGGUGGGCGCCUGGAUCAUCUCAAGAACCUGCCAGUAGCCAGGACUCUACGGACACGACGGAGCUAAUGAGCAGCCAGUCGUCGGAGGCAACGUUGCCGCCCGACAGUCCUGUUGGUGUGGACUCAUACGGGAUUCCGAUUGAUGUGCAUCACUUCCGUGAACCUGGUAAACGCGAUAACGUGUGGGACGUGGCACAGGUACUCGCAACUCCCUAUGCGGUGGGUGAUGAUGACGAUGCUGAGCGGUUCACCCUUAUAUGCAUUCUGUGUGCGGCAACCGCCUCCAGCCAGGCAAACCAUCCAGGAGAUGCGUGGAUGAGCGGGCUUGGGCGUUGGAGUCACACUUCCAAUGUCAAGGACAACAUGGUCUCAAAACAUGGCAAGCAUCCGGUUGGUAUGGCUGAGAUGCAGAAGCAAGUUAAGUGA